CUCUGAUGAUGUCCGCUGUCAUCUAACGGAAAGAUCAUUCCGGAAUCACAGAGCGAAUCCGCACGGAGACUGCGCUUGAGUCGCUUUAUCUAACAUGAGGACUCAACGCGCUUUUAUUAUAUGGACUGCGAUGCUUCUUCGUUUGUCUAUCAUAAAAGGUCAGACCACAGACUCAUCCCCAGACGUGAGGUCCACUCUGAAUGAAGUCACUCCAAAAAAUCCCAUGACUUCAGCAAGUGACAUUUUGGAAUCACGAGCCACUACAGCCUAUCAAAGCGUCUCCUCUGCUUCAGCGGAUUUCACAACGGAGGUCACACCUACUGUUCCUCCUCCAUCAAAGUCAUCCAAAGACGCUGUAGUGCACAAUGGCACCUCUCCUUCACCAGCCAUCUCACAGACCCCUGCGCUACAAGAAGUCACCACCCUCAACACGGACACAGCCUCGGGACCAGGUUCUUCUAAUAGCAGCACGUCAGUUUCUUAUUUGAAGAGCACCGUUUCAUAUUCAGUAGCCUCCACAGCUCCCGCAACAUCCUUCAGUCCAAGUGAAGGACCUCAGACAGUCUCUACUCCAGCCAGCAGCGUGAUCCAGACAACACAAACAGCUCCACCAUUCACCCCCACUUCCCCUCAGACAUCUCAGGUCAUCCUGACCAGCAGUUCAAAGGUCACUGGACCAGCUAAUUUGGAAGACCAGGAUGAACCUUCUGAACUGGAUGUGGGGGAUCAAGAGUCAGGGAAGGAUCCCCACCGCCCUGCAUCACCUCUGGACCCCCUGCUCGCUGCUCUGGUCACCAUUUUCAUUAUUUGCACUGCCAUGGUCUCAGCCGUCCUCUUCCUCAGGUUCCGUCACCAUAGUGAGCAUCCAGAAUUCCACCGGCUUCAAGACCUCCCUAUGGAUGAUCUCCUUGAAGACACACCAUUGUCAAGAUACACGUAUUAGCAAGAGGGAAUUCCACUAUUUCAUCAUCUGAUUCCUCAGGCAACCAGUGUUGUUACUGGUGCAGAUCCCCUGAAAGAUGUCUUUCACAACUCAUCUCUGAUUCUGGGUUUUUCUGGGCUUUGAUGCUAAAAUGUGGUUGUGUAAUUUUGGAAUAAAACAUUUAGUUAUUUUACUAUGUUAUGAAACCCAUUCAAAUAAAAUAAGGGUUCCAGAAAAAAGAAUAAAAUAAGAUAAACAGUCUUAUUCUAUGUUUAAAAGUUCACAGUUUCUUAAUUAACAGGUGUUUAUAGAGAAUGUUCGAAUUUCAAGACAACAGAACCAAUAUACUUUUUAUUCACCUUAAGAUUGUCUACAAAUGUAGAGAAACUAUAACAAACAUUUUCUCUACAAACAUGACACGUAGAAGAAACAAUUUGCAUUUUAGAGUUUGUUGGAGAUAAUUAGCUUGUUUUCCCCUUUAUUAGACACUAUAAUUAUACCUAAGUAAUUGCUCAAUAUUAUAUGAUGCUAUCAUUUAGUUCAUCCUAAACCUAAACUCUGAGGUAUGGUCACAUUUACCGUUGUUUGGCAAAUUUUCACAGGCAUAAUCCAGUCCUUUCAAAAGGAUUGCAUGCAAUCAGGAUUUUCAGAUAUUCCUCAUGCAGAUUUCACAGUUCAAGAUGUUCACACAAAUACACAGCUUUGACCAAAAUCACUACACUAUUGACAGUUCAGACAACAGACCUUUUCUGUCCACACAAUUUUGCUAAUAUGACCGCACCUUAACUUUUAUAUAAUAUUAUAUUUUACAUCAUCUGAAAGCUGAAUCCUCCCUUAUAUUUUAUUCUAAAGGUCUAAAAUCUAUACAAGCAAAUAGUACUGCACUUUUUUUCUUCUUCUUCUUCUUUUUAGGGGCUUUGGUUUAUUUUCCAAGAUAAUUUUUAGAAAAAGAGUUCCCUGGGUUUAGCAUAAAUGUCUCUAGACUUUUGCACUGUUAGAGCUAAAGUUGUAGUAAGGAAAAUGUUCAUUUUUAUGUGACUGUUCUAGAAUGAGAACAAAUUUGUAUUAAACUGAAUUGUGAUUUUGAUAUUUAUGACAAAGUUGAUUGUCCAGAUCCAUAUAAUGAAGGUAUGUGAAAUAAUUACAAAAAUGUAUUUUAGAUAUUCAUUUCUGUCUACGCUGGUAUUUGUGGUAAACCUAGUGCCUAAUGUACUUUGUGCCAAAACUGAUUAGUGGUAAACAAACUGAUAAAUAUAUAUUGCACAGUUGUGUUGUUGAGAUGAACCUGUAAAAAUAAGAGUUUGUAAUAAAAUAAGAAAACUA